AUGCCAGAUAUUGUCAAAAAGCCAGGAUGGAAUAGGCAGUUUAAGAGUCACGAUAAGGUCAACAAGCGAUUUAUGACGGGAACUGAGGCAGCAGAGCCUUUGUUUGUAACAGGGUCAACGCCUCUCGCAGGGCCUCCUUCUCCUCCUCCUCCUCCUCCUCCUUCUCCUCCUGCUGCUGCUGCUCUAGUUGGCUUGGAGUGCAUUCUUGAUACCCCCCCUCGUGGAUUCGCCGCUGGCGCCCUCGUUAUCCCUAUCACCACCGCCACCACCACAGUUGAUCGGUCCUUCCCAACUCCUGGGAAUGAAGAAGAAGAAGAGGAGGAGGAGGAAGAAGAAGCUAUAGAUGAGGCUUUUAUACCCCCUCCUUCAACGGCGCCAGCAGCGAUGACGCAAUCGAGAGCUGGGCGUAAGAGAGCCCCUACAAUGAAGGCGUUAGAGGCCGAAAUGGCGCCAAAACGGGGUACAGGGCAGGGCAGGGGCAGGGGCAGGGGCAGAGGAGGGAGAGGGGCAAGGGGAUAG